CAUGCCUCGUUUCCGUCCGGCCGAUUUCAGCGGAGAUCUGGCGCCAUGAUCGGCAAGGUGGCCACCGGCCCCAUGCGGGUCUCGGUGUCGAUGAAGCAGCCGUCGGACCCGCGGGUCUCUGUGCACAAAGGCAUCAGCCCCCCGAUGCAGCACCGGAAUGUGGUCGUCGCGACGCCAGAUGGGCGCAUGUCGCCGAACCGCUCAGGGGUGGUCAUCCCUGCGCGGCCAGCGCAGGGCGUACCGAUGCCCACUUCCCCUCCCCGAGGCGCGAGCUCCCCGCAGCUGGCGAGUCGCCCCGGGGUUGCCUCCCCGAGGAGCAUGCAGAGCCCUGCCUCUGUGGCUUCUGCCCGGGUGGCCUACACGCCGGCACCGCGGCCCUCAGUGACCUCGUCGCAGGCGCGGGUGGGGCCGAGCCCAAAGGCGUCGAGCCCUUCCAAGCUGCAGAAGCCCUCCAGCGUGGCGGCGCCGCCCACCAAGGCGCUGCACGGCAACGCCCAUGGCCUGGUGGUGGCCGGCGGACAGCAGAGGGCCAUGACCAUGACCGCCACCAUUCGAGGGGAGAAGGAAGCCGAGAAGCCAAAGGUGGAAGCGAAGCCGGAAGCUAAGCCAGCGCCGGAGAGCGGACGCCACAAGCAUCUGCUGGCAACCAUGAGCCUGAAGCCGCACUCCACCGCGCAAGGAUCGCACCGCCUGCAAACGCGCAGGAAAGAUGGCAACAAGACGCCGGAGGUGGAGCAGUUCCUGAUGGACUCUCUGCGCCGGGAUCCGGGCAGCAGCCAGGCGCAGCUCAGCGAGGCGGACCUGGCGGCGAUCGUGUCGGUGAUGGAGUUCUAUGAGUUCGAGCCCGACGCCUCCGAUGAUGAAGACAGCGGCGGAAUGGGCGUGGGGGGCGCCUCCGGGUACAUCUUCGUGGUGGACAGCGGCAGCUUCGAGGUGCGCAUCGACGGGACCCCCAUCGCCACGCUGGGCCGGGGGUGCACCUUCGGCUGGAACUUCCUCAUGAAGCAGCCGCAGGCUUCCUCGGUCUUCGCGUGCACCAAGUCGGGCCUGUGGGGCGCAGAUGGGCAGAAGGUCCAGACGAUGCUCCACGAGCGCCAGCGGGAUCGGCUCCAGCAGAAUCGGAAGCUCCUGGACUGUGUGUCCAUGUUCAAGGGCCUGCCGCCAAGACAGAUCGAGCUGCUCAGCUCCGCCAUCGUCUCGGAGACGGUGCCGGCAGGGAUGAAGGUGGUGGAGAAAGGCGAACUGUCCACGGCGCUCUACUUCAUCAAGCAAGGCACGCUGCUGGUGGAAGAGAACCAAAAGGAGCUGGGCCCAGGGGAGUUCUUCGGCGAGCGUGCGCUGCUGCACCACGCGCCGCGGUCCGCCACCGUGAGCGCCGUCACCGAGGCCGAGCUGCUGCGGUUGGAGGCAGAGAACUUGAAGUCGGUGGUGGGCAACGACGUGAUGGUGUACCUUUCGAGGUCCCUGAUCCUGGAGUCUCUGAAGGGGUCCCACGCCUGCGGCCAGUUCUCAGCGACCCAGCAGUCGGCGAUCCUGCAGAAGAUGACGAUCUCUGAGGUGCCGGCCAACAUGCCGAUCCGCGAGGCGAAGUCCGAUAAGUUCCUGCUGCUGGCAGUGAUCCAAGGCGAAGUGCACGACAUCACCAGGCUCGGGGAGCCCCAGGUGUUUCUCCCCGGCACGCCCUACGAGUCCAAGGCGAAGGAAGUGGACAAGGUCUCGUCGCCCCAGUCCGUGACGAUGUGCCGUGUGAACACCGAGGUGGUGAGGGAGAAGUUGGUGCUGGCGGCCGGCCCGGAGGGCGCCAAGGUGGCUGUGCUGAUGGAGUCAGGCCUUGAGGCAGCGCUGGCGGACGGCAGCCCCUCCAGCGAUCCAUCCGUCACCUCGCGGAAGGAGCGCUUCGGGCAGAAGAUGCUCGCGGUGAAGAAGGUGCCCAUCUUCCGGCACCUCAACAAGCAGCAGACGGAGCGAGUAGUCAUGUCCUUGCAAGACCAGAAGUUGGUCCACUCGGAGGUGGUCAUCCGGCAAGGGGACAAGGGGAACCACUUCUUUGUGAUCGUCAAGGGCGAGGUCACAGUGACCAUCGACGGGAAGAAGAUCCGCACCCAGGGCAAGAACGCCUCCUUCGGGGAGCGCGCCCUGCUCUUCGACGAACCCCGAAGCGCCACGGUUCAGGUCUCCAGCGAGGCGGCGGAGCUGUGGACGCUGGAGAAGUCGGUGUUCAAGCAGAUCAUCACGGAGAAGAUGAAGAAGGAUCUGGAGUACCGCAUCAGCAUCCAAGAUGCUGGAGUGGGGCUCUCGGACCUGAAGCCCUUGAGCUUCCUGGGCGCCGGCGCCUUUAGCACCGUGCGCCUGGUGGAGCACAGGAAGACGGGUGCGAAGUACGCGCUGAAGACGUGCAAGCGGACCUCCACUGGGAAGAUGCCGGUGGAAAUGCAGACGGAGUGCGACAUUCUGGCGGAAAACGACCAUCCCUUCAUCCUGUACAUGGUGGCCGUUUUCGAGACCAAGACCUAUGUGAGUAUGCUCACCGAGAUCCUCGCCGGAGGCGAGCUCUGGUCGGCACUCCGGAAGCUGCCGGUGAUGUUGCCCCGGGAGUCCGCGCGCUUCUACACGGCCUCCAUCCUCAUCGCUGUGGAAGCGCUCUGGGACCGAAACGUGGUCUACCGAGACCUCAAGCCCGAGAACGUGAUGUUGGACCAGGAGGGCUACGUGAAGAUCAUCGACUUUGGAGUCUCGAAGAAGCUGCCAGAGGGCGAGAGCCGGACCUACACGGUUGUGGGCACACCCCACUACAUGGCCCCUGAGGUCUUUCAGGGCAAGGGCUACGGAGUGGAGGUGGACUUGUGGUCUCUGGGGGUGAUGCUCUUUGAGUUCGUCUGCGGGUACCUGCCCUUCGGCACCAACGUCUCCGAGCCGCGCCAAGUCUGCUCGGCGGUGCUGCGGGGCAAGCUGAAGUUCCCCUCGGCCUUCAAGGACGAUGUCGCCAAGGACCUCAUCAAGGGCCUGCUGACAAUUCCAGUGCUGAAGCGGCUGGGCGCGGGCGUGAAUGGCCUGCAGGACGUCUUCAAGCACCCCUUCUUCGACAUCGCGGGCCACGCCUCGAUCUUCGACAAGCUGCUGGGCCGAGAGCUGGAGCCGCCCUACGCUCCCGGGCCCUGGAAGGCCCCAUCGGACCAGAAGCGGCCGGCCGGCUACUCCAAGGAGAUGUUCGAGCUCUUCGAGCACCCUUUGGCGAAAGACGGGGCCAAAGACGGAGGAAACCCGGAGGUCGUCAAGCAGAACGGCUUCUUCUGUAGCGUCUUCCGAAGGGGGAAGUGAGCCUCCCGGGGAAUCCGGAGCUCUCUCGAGAAGCCAGGGCCAGCUUGAUGGAA